AAAUGGAAAACAUUAAUAACUGUCAAAAUUAUAGUGCAAAGUGGAAUGUUUAGAUUUUAUUAAUUUGCACUAGAAUUUGAAAUUUUAUAAUAACUAAGCUAUUAUCAGUGUCACAAAUGAAUACAAUAAUCGUGUAAUUCUCGCAUGAGCGUAAAACCCCAUGCAAGUAGCUCGUGUGAAUUACGUAUGAACGUAAUUUUCAGUAUAAUCAGCGGUGUUAGCUAAUUAGUGAUUCUUGUAUUAAAAUUACGUUCAAUAAUCGGCGACUGUAGAUAAUGAAGCAAUGUUCCGGUCGUGCCUUUAGCUGAGUAAAUGAAAAUAAUAUGUUUUGUAAUAGCUUAAUGUUGUGUAUGUUAAUAUAAAAUAUUUGAUCGAAGGCGUAAUGGAUACCUGUGUGUAAGGGGACUCUGAUUGUAAGCAAUCUGAUUCUAAUAAAAUAAAGAUGGCAUCCCCAAGCUACCCCACACCUUCCGAGAUAGCUGAACUGCAAACAGACACCAUAAUAAAAGAAGAAACUGAAAUAGACAAUCUACCUGAAGAUAUUCCACUAGAUAUAAAGACAGAAAUACACUUAGACGAUACCAGUAUACAUGAAAGCUUAGACAACCCUUUCAGUAAUGUUCAUGUAGAAGUAAAGCAAGAAUCGAUAUCGGUGAGCAUCGAAAAAGAGGGUAGCGAUAUUGACGAUGGUUGUACAAAAAUGGAUGAUGUUUUUCAUCCAAAAGAAGAACUUGAACAUUAUGUAUCGGUACCUAAAUUCGAAAUGGAUUGUGUAGAGAAUGGAGUAAAACAAGAACCAGUUGUGGGUGAUGAAUCGUUGGUGACGUAUGACUAUCCGAACUUUGAUGAUGAUGUCGGAAGUAUGGAUAGUAAUGAAGCAGCUGCUUUGAAUCAGGUUGAAGCCUGUUUGCAGGAUGAUAUGAAUAUUAAAUGUGAAGAUGAGGAUUAUGAGCAAAAAGAAGAUUACGACAAAAUAGACAUCAAAGAAGAAUCUGAUUUAACAGUCACAGAAACACAUUUAAUAUCAAACAAAGUUAUAAACACCACUUCAACUAUAACAAACCCACACGACGGCCUUAUUGAAUCUAAAACCACUAAAACUUUAGUCAUGGAAAUACUUCCCAUGAGCCAGACAAAUAUGGGAUUCUCCAAAAUUGGCAACCCAGAAGAAAUUUUGCCAACCACAUAUGACAAUGGUGAUGAUUAUAUGGACUAUCAAGAUUCAUUCCAACUAAAUUCCAUCACAGGUAACGUAUUAUCGCUAGAACAAGAGGCAUACGGCCUCCUUAAAGCCAAAGGUAAAAAGAAGGAUUUAGGAGAAGCUACUGUUACCUGUCCAAAGUGCCCAAAAACUUAUAGACAUAAAAGUCUUCUCAAGAGACAUUUGGCAGUCCACGAUGGCAUAGAGAAACGCGCUCAAGGCCACAUACGAAGUCAGAUAACAAGAAAAGACAAUAGAAAUAAGAAGUUAAAAGCAGAACUAGAAAGCCAAUUAGUCAAAAAAGAGGAAAAAAUCAAGAAGGAAGGUUACGAAUGUACUUGUGGCCAAACUUUUCGAAGGCGAAGUCGCAUGGAAACUUGCUUGAGGUCCCACAAUCUAUUUUCUGAUACUAACACGUAUCCUUGUGUCUCUUGCAAUAAGCAGUUUAAGAACAAAGAAGAAUUAGCUUUACAUAGAAAACGGCUACAUAGAAAGAGAUUUCCUUGUAAGUUCUGUCCUACAGAUUACCACACGAGAAAAGAACUGUUCAAACAUUUACAAGUUCACCAAAAAGUCCAAUUAAUGGAGUACAAAGUUAUUUCCGAAGUAGUCAAAGGGAAGCAGAAGUUAAAAUGUUUUAUGUGCAACAAAAGUUAUAUGGAACUGUCCGACUUGAAAUGCCACGUAAUGGAUGAUCACAAGGAGCCUUAUAGUUGUCCACGAUGUAAAAGAACAUUUUCGAAAAUUAUCGAUUUUGGCAACCACACGAAGACUUUCCAUCCCGAAGUUGAAGGGCAAUCCGUUUUAGAUGUAUUAGAAGCCUUUUCUAAAUUAGUCAAAGCUUGGAAAUGUGAGGAAUGUGGCCUACAGUUCCAUGAGGCUGAUAAACUGGCGAUGCACCAAAUUGAAAAGCACAGUCCUGAUGUAAAAACUGAGAUGCAAUUUCAAUGUACGGAUUGUCGGAGAGUUUUCGUCAGUCAGAAGGGUCUAACUUCGCAUAGACGCAUACACCAUAGCACGGAAACUGUGGAAGAAACGGAACCAGUCGAACAAGGAGUCAUGUGUUUAGAAUGUCGGAAAAUAUGCAAAGAUAUGACUGCCUUACUCUCUCACAUGAGAUUCCACAAUCCUGAUAGAAAGUAUCCAUGCAAAUUCUGCGAUUUCCGCUUCGCAACCCCCGAAAAGAGGAAAGCUCACGCAGAAAUACAUACAGGCGAUAUGAAAUACGUCUGUUUUAUCUGCGAAUACCAGUGCAGUUCGGAAAAUCGACUAAAACAACACAAACUAUCGCCUAAACACAUAAAUAUGAAGGAGUUUUUACUGACGGGGAAACCUAUAGUUCAGGAAGCCCAGUCUUCGGCUAAACAGGAGAAGAUUAAAGAGACUUUGAGGAAGAAAGAGUGGGGGGUUAAAGAGAAGAAGAAAAAAGAGAAAUCGAGAAGUGAGUCGUGUAGUGAAGUGGCUUGUGACAUUUGUGGGGACAAGUUUCCCAGUGAGAGUGAGAUGUCGGAGCACAAAUUAACUCAUCCGUUCAUUGAGUUCCCGAAUGAGGACACGCCUAGUAGGAUAUUCUUUAAGUAAACGAUUAUAUCUUGCCUAUUUAUUUGUUCUGUUGUAGUGAUGUUACUUUUUUAUAAAAAGGCAUUAUUAUCUUUUGUGUGGAGAUGAGUUAUUACAAGUUGUGCUGGUCACAUAUUACUACAGAUGUUUAAUGUCACGAACGCGGCUGACCCAUUUAAGUGUGUGUGUAAGUAUACAUGCACAAUGUCUGUGUACGCGUAUAUUUAACACAUACAAGUAUCUCACACCCGCUUUCAAUCGAGUGCCUAAUAUUGAUAACUUUAAUAUUUUUUAAUGACUGUUCAUAGUAGUCUUCCAAUAAAAUUUAAACGUAUAUAAAAGACGGUAAUAACGUUAAAUAAGUAGAAUUUAAAAAAUAUAAUUGCAGAUGUGCUUAAUAUGCCAGAUAUACUGAGUUUUUUUUUUGAGUAAUAUCACUACAAUUAGAACAUAAUUAAUUUAAUUAAGUAAUAAAACUUAUCGGCUUGUGUAUAGUAAGUUUUUGUUAAGCAUUUAUCUGUUGGCGGGGUAUUUAUAUUACAACGGUGAAGACACCGCUUUUUACUAGUCUACUUUAUAUUAAUUGUAUUGUUAUGCUAAAAUAAUUUGGGUGCGUCCUACGUGGGUGAAUCGCGAACACGAGGCGAUCCGAAGCGAAUUGAUAGAUGUACCUACGCUAUGCAGUAAAAAUAGGGGUACCGAAUGUUUUGUGCAGUUGACAGCUGUCAGUUUUCAAGGGAAAACAUUCUGCACCAAAAAUGGUCUAGCUAUACAGCUCAACAUCACGUAGGCCACUUCAAACGAAAUCGUCUAUUAAUAGUUUUCGCGCUACUUCGCGUUCGCAUCUAAAUCUUUCACCUAGGACGCACCGUAAAACGUAACGGUUACUUACGAUUGUUUCACAAAAUGUCGUUAUUAAUAUUCUUUUUAAUUAUUUUUUUAUGUCGGUGAACGUACUGAUUUUAACUUUAAAAAAAGUUGUUACAAAAAAUAGCUUUUUUUCUAUCGCUUUUGCUAUAUAAAGCAAGUAUGUCACUAAAGCUGUUGGUUGUAUUUUUAUUAUUUUAUUUUUGUUCUACAACAAGAAAUGUUUCGUUUUACUUACGGACGGUAACUUUCAGAAGUUUAGGACGAUUAUUAUCUGAGGCUUAAAAAGCAAAGCAAUCCUUUAUUUCUAAUGGAACGGGACAUUUUUAACAUUGGUUGGGCGUGAUUAAUACUUAUUCACAAAUUCAUAUUUUUACUUAUUUUGCGUUUAGUCAAUUUUAUAGAAGGGUGAAGACUUUUUAAUAUGAAUACUUUUAUCGCAACUGUUUGUUUUCAUAAUUAUUUUGAUACUUUUAAGCUGAUUUUUUAAUUGCGACUUAGAGGUUUUUCUUAUAAUUAGAAUUGAAGGUUUUUUUUGUUACUUUAUUUUUGCACUAAAAAGGUUAAGUUGCAUUUUUUUGUUUUAUUGUCACAAAUGAUUAUAUUUUGAGUGCUGAUUUGAUAACAAUUUGCUUAACAAUUUUGUACUUUAUCCUUUUUUUAACAACUGUUUAUGGAAAUUUUUAGUCCAUUUUCAGAAUAAUGUCUUUGUUUUUCUGUUUUUAACUUAAUUUUGGUACUUAUCAUUAAAGAGAAAAAUACAUUGAGUCUUAAGUAGAACAUAUUUAGAAUUUGAGAUUUUAAUUCUGAGUCUGGACUAAAAAUCUGGUGUGAUUCCUACUUUUUCAUAAAUAUUAUUUUGUAAAAUUUUUAUUCAUACAGAUAUUCAGUUUAAACUUCAGAGGAAAAAUUGUACUUAGUUUUGUAUGCCUUAAUUUAACCACAACCAGUUAAUUUUAUCAAAAAAGUCAUUUUCUUUUUGCACUUAAUUUUUUAUUUCGCCUUUUGCCGCAACUAAAUAGUAGUAAUAAUAAGUAGUAGUAGUGAAAUACCAAUUUUUUACUACCCUUUUUAUUCUGAGCCAGUCUUCGAGCAACACCGAUUGUGAGCCAGUUCCCAUUUAUAAUACCUACAGGGUUUGAGUCCCCGUUUAAUAUUUUUGAAUGAUUCUUAAACUGCGUUUUGAUAUUGGUUGUUAUAUUAUAUCAGUCGUAAAUAACUGCUUCGUGGGUCUAAAGAUUAGGACAUAAUGUUAUAAGCGAUGAAAGCGAAACGAUAGUAAACUAUAGCAAGCUAUAGUAAGUAAACUUGCAGUCUAUAGUAUCUAAAUUAUAGCAAUCUAUAUAGCAGACUAUAGCAAACUAUAGUAAAUUAUAGUUUCGCUUUCAUAUCGCUUAGCUUUCGCUUUGAUGUGCGAAGGCGUUAUAUAAGUUGUUGUGUAUUUCGGUGCCUGAUAUUAUUUUAGUUCUCGAAGUAGCGUAAAUGUGUAAGAGAUGAAAAAUAUAUUGUUUGUUGAACAACAGU